AUGGACUUCGAUGCACUGCGUGCGCGCACGCUGCGCUCAGGCGCUGAUGAGGAGGCUGUAACAGUCAACACAAGGGCUUUGAUUGACAAAGUGUUGGCUCGGUAUUCCGGAGAAUGGACUGUGUUGCGAGAGUUGUUGCAGAACGCGGCAGAUGCAUCAGCAACAAAGAUCACCAUCAAGUUCGAGACGCUGCCCUCAGCCACGGUUCCUGUCCCCACUGAUUCCUCACCAUCAAGUCUUUUGAGGCAUACCGUGCUACAUCAUACUUUAAAGAGACUGGUCGUGACAAACAAUGGACAGCCAUUCAACGAGAAUGACUGGAACAGAUUGAAGCGAAUUGCAGAGGGAAACCCGGACGAGACCAAAAUUGGUGCGUUUGGAGUUGGGUUUUAUUCCACGUUCGCAGACUGCGAGAACCCUUUUGUGUCCUCUGGAAAGGAGGCAAUGGCGUUCUUUUGGAAGAACAACUCGUUGUUUACGCGGCGGUUACAACUACCAGACACCGAGUCCUCCACAGACACAAACUUCGUCCUAGACUACCGGGACACCACAUCUCCGGUCCCUCCUUUGCUCCCUCUGGCACAGUUUCUAGCGAACAGUCUGACCUUCGUUGGAUUAGAAAAUAUAGAACUUUGGCUCGACGAGUGGAAGUUGGUGUCCCUGCAGAAGAAAACAUCCCCGAGUUACGACGUACCAAUCCCUCGGGACAUUGAGCCCAAGACGAGUGAGGGCUUCAUGAAAAUUACAAAGGUUUCCAAAGAAAUUGCACAGAUUGAUGGCCAGUGGAUGAGCGUCAUUGGCUGGAAAGCCACAAGGGACACGGCUCGGUCAACCGAGAAAGACUCGGCUCCCUCCCUCCGCAAAUUCUUCUCGCGGCUGGCGGGAACAGUCCAGGACGAGAGCCAGACAGAAGUAAGACCUGAUCGCUCGGUCGAGGCAGAUCAGUUGGCGACGAAAGUGUCUGCCACGGUCUUUCUGAACGUGAAUACGGCCACCAUCAAGACAUUUACAGGCCAGAAAUUCAAUGAAGAGCUGGAACGGGCAACCAAGAAACCACCUCCAAAGUUCACCAAACUCGCCAUCCUGACUGCUCCCUAUAUAGAGGAUGCCAGCCUUGCGAAGGCGUCCGCUGCCGGUGAUGUCUUUGGCACGGUCCUGCCAAGCAGGGGUGGUAAGAUAUUCAUUGGCUUUCCCACGCAUCAGACGACUGGGUUGAGCGCACACAUUUCCGCGCCCUCUGUCAUUCCAACCGUCGAACGCGAGUCUAUCGAUUUGAACGCCAGAUACGUGAGGACGUGGAACAUGGAGAUGCUUCGUGCUGCCGGUAUUGUCUGCCGGGUUGCAUGGUCCUGUGAGAUGCAAGAGCUCAAGGAAAAGACCCUUCGAGAAGCCAAUGGGAGAUCCAAGAUCCGUAUGGAAGAAGUGAAUCCUUUCUUGGACGAGGCAAUCACUACAUUCAAGAACUUUACCUUUAAGGAGUCAACACCUUCAGCUUCGAUCGGUCAGCUCCUUGAAGAUGCUUUCUGGACAUGCAGUAAGAGAGCAUCCAUUGAGGUGGUUUCCACAUGCGGAGUCCUUCCCACUCACGACGUCCGUAUCGCUCCCAAGGACCUGAGUUUCAUGGAAGGCAUUCCCAUUCUUCCCGAAAAGUUGGUUUCUGAAGCCAAUGUUUUGGUGUCCAAGCUGGUCGACUUCGGUCUCCUGACCGAAGUCACCGUGACCGACAUCAAAUCUGCACUCGAGUCGAGUCCUCUAACCACCGCGCAAGUGGCCGAGUUUUUGAGCUGGCUCACAAAACAAGCAACCCGUGGAAAACUUGAUAAGCCUACUAUAUCAAAUCUGCUGGCUGUUGCUGUAGCAAACGACGACAGUCCGGAGGGAAACAGAAGUCCACUUCUUCAACUUGGAGAAAUCCGUCAUUUCUUGAACCCCAGCCGAACACCCGUCGACUUCCCAGUCCCUCCGUCAGUUAUGCCUUUCAAGUUCACAAAGGGCAUGGGCAAGCACGAGCUAGAGAGCCUCGGGUGGGAGGAGCUGCAGUUGGUGACAUGGGUACGCUGGCUUAUCGCACAAUCUGGAAAUCGUCAGGUCCUUGCCGAAAACCAGGACAUCACAAAAUCUGCAGAAUUCAGCUCGCAGGUCUUGCCUCUCCUUUCGAAACAAUGGGAUUCGCUCAGCCAACCGUCAAAGUCCUCGUUGGUAGAAUUACUCGUCAAGCACACAGUCAUCCCAACGAAAUUCGGGAUGAGAAAGCCGGGUGACGCCUAUUUUCCGAGUGUCAAGCUGUUCGAUGAUUUGGCGAUAAUCGAAGGUCUUGGGAGUGUCAAGGACAAGUUCUUGCUCGCUCUGGGAGUGCGCAAGACUGUGGAGUUGGGAGUGGUCUUCGAGCGACUGUUGGCACUGGAACCGAAAUCUGCCAAAACCGUUGGCAGCGCGAAGCCCCAGUGGAGUCACGUCGAUCUGAUCAAAUAUCUGGCUUCUGUACGUGACGACAUCCCCUCGGCCGAUAUACAAAAGCUCAAAAGCACCCCUAUCUGUCCCAGCCAGCUCAAGGGUAAGGACGGAGGCGAGUCUACAGAACGCUACAGAGUUAGCGAGCUGUUCGAGCCACGGCACGAUCUGCGCGAACUUGGGCUCCCUGUCCUGGCUUGGCCCGGUCCCUACCGAAGUAACACGCCCGAAGGGAAGUUCUUGAACGCGCUCGGUCUGCGCACCACGCCUCUGGUCCCGGAACUGAUCCAGAUCAUGGCAGAGGCGGGCAAGAAAGGACCCAGAUAUGAUCUUGACCACCGAGAUAGAGCGCUGGCAUAUUUCUUAUCUCACCACCACGCUCAUGGUUAUGGUCUGUUUGAUUAUCAGAGCAUCAUGCUUCCGUUCUUGCCGCUUGAGAACAAGCCCGACCAACUUGCGACUCCAACGCAAUGCUUUGCGAAUGAAGGCGCUGCUCUGCUCGGGUUUGAUAUCUUGAAACGAGAUUGGAUUCCCCAUGCCACGAAAUUCGGCGUUAGGGAUCAUCCGCCCAUGGAUCUUUGCAUCAAUAUCCUGUCUAAAAGACCACCAGUCACGUUCCACGAUGCUCGUGCUAUCUUUACGUAUUUCGCGGGCCGGCUAGCAGAGAUCAACACUCACAACAUGUCGAGACUGAACGUCAUGGACUUUAUUCCCAUCUUCCCCAAGAACAAGGAGAAGUCGGCACCCAAGCUUCACACAUCACCUCGAACCUGUUUUCUAGGCGAAAGUGAGGCCUUCGGGGAGAUCUUCCAUUAUGUCGAUUUCGGUGCUGAAGCGAACUCGUUUCUCAUCAGAUGCGGUUCUAAGCAAGAGCCUUCUAAACUAGAAAUCGCACAGAUCCUUGUGAGGGAGCCUGCGCGGAUUUCGGCAACUUUCCGCAAUGCCGAAAAAUACAUGGCACUGCUUCGGAGCAUGGCUGAAGCUGCUAAAACCCUGAAGAAGAACAAAGACCUCUGGGCAGAGAUGAAGAAGGCACCAUUCCUCCUUGCAAGCAGGGAACUUCCCCCAGUGGCGCCGUCGGCAGAGAAGCGGACGGGCCCAGCCGACGAUGCCGACAAUCUCGACGAGGAAGAGGUCCUGGGAAUCCGCGAGUUUCAACUAUGCAGUGCCGAAGAUGCUAUCAUCAUUGACGAUUACAUUAACUACAACCUGUUCAAGGCAAGCAUCCUAGCAGCACCCCAGGAAGAAAGUCUCGAGGACUUUUACUUUGCUCUAGGAUCCCCAUUGCUCAGCUCUCUGGUGGAAGAGGCCGCUAGACAUGGCCCUAGAGCGCACGACCAAAAGCCCGCAGAGAAAUUGCAGAAGCAGAUAUUGGAAAGAUCGACGCUAUUUCUACAUGAGCAGCCACCGGACACUAUCAAGCACGACGCAAAGUGGUUGGAGAAGAAUCUACAGGUCCAACUCGUGUCAUCCAUCUCUUUGAGAAGAUCAUUGCGAGGAAGAAACGUCUGUCACACGGAAAAGCGGACGGCUGUAAUCACAGCGGUCAACCGAGAGUACACCUUGUGGAUCACAGGUGCAAAGCCAGACCUCUAUCAAGUCAGCCAGGCUUUGGUCCACAUCUUGCUUACGAGACCGAAGUUACAUUCUGCGAUCACUCUAGAAAUGUUGUUGAAGACAGACUUGCUUGACCUCCGCGCACGAGGUUUCAAUGUUUCUCGCAUCCUGCGACAGAAGGCGGCAGAGGCUCGGCUUGCUGAGAGUAAGAGACAACAAGAGCUUGAGGAGCAACAAAAGAGGAUUGAAGAGGACGAGAGGGCCUGGCGAGCCUCUCAAGAGCAAGCUGCCAAGGAUAAAGCUCCAGGCAACUAUGUCCCCGGUGGGUUUCCAGAUUCACCGGACAGUAGAGCGCUGGCAGGUCCGGAACCCAGCACACCCGCUCCAGUUGGCAAUGAGGACAUACGGAAGCAUGGUCGUAAUCUGUUUUCCAAUCUGUCGCGUCAACUGGGACUCGGGAACAACCGUCACAUCCAACAGAUGCUCGGUCGCAGUGAAGAUGAGCCUCGAGCGAUCACAGGCGGUGAAACGGCCGACCUCCCUCCUCCCUAUCAAUACGACCAACAGAGUGGUCAGACCGGGUCGGCUGGAUCAUCAGUCACCGCACCCCAUCAACUCCGCGAGAAUCUUCUCACUGCCAUCAGAAAGUCCCGUGCUCACAACUCCUCGGAGUUAUUCAGUCGUGGAGAAACCAAUGUCCUCCAAGAGACCAAAUCCUACUGUGACGAGCACCCUGCCCAUGAUCUCACUUUUGUCGCCGAGAUCAAGGAUGGAAUCCAGUGCUUUCUCUCGCCUUCGUCUGUGGGCAACUCCUCCCAAUUCCUCCAACAGCACUCUUCUGGGCUGACGGCAUUUGCCGGCCUUCUUAAGUCGAUCGGAGAAGUGUUUUCCCUCAGCCCACGCACGCUGAAUAUCUUUUUCGAAACAUCGGGAAAGACCAUUGGCUUCAACAGGAACGGAAGCAUAUUCUGCAAUUAUCGGUAUUUUGAACAACUGCAUGAGCGAAGCAUGGUCACAGCGGGGAAAGAUGGAUACAGUGAAGCUUUUGUCUACUGGUGGGUGAUCCUCUGUCAUGAGCUGGCGCACAACCUUGUCGCCGAUCACAGUUCAGAUCACAGCUAUUACACGGAGGGUUUCGUGGCUCAGUACUUUACCAAGGUGGUCACGGUCUUAGGAAAGGCCCAGGCACCGCAAAAUGCAGGAAUAGAGGCCCCUCUUGUCGAGAUAUGA